GGAGCCCGAGAGUCUCUGUACUGGCUAGUUCGGUCGCGUGGAUUUUUGCGCAAGUUUUUAGAAAAACACUGACUCGAGUAGAGCAUUUCUCCGGAAAGUUUCAAGUGCAGCAAAAUAGCGAACAUGCAAAACUGGCCAAGGGGAGACCCCUAGUGGUUAAACGCAUCUUUAAGUUCGGAAGGCCGAGAGCAAAGUUUGGCCUUUGCUUGUAGCUACGUAGUCUGUUCAGACGUGGAAGUAAUUAGAGGACCUGAGCGAGCAGCCAGAUGUUGAGUGAAUGGAUGCCGAUCACAAAUAGAAGGUUUAGGAAAUAUAAGUUCUGACGAUCCAGAGCCUGUAGCAUCGAUCCCUCUUCGUUUAUAUGGGAAAGAUGCUUUGCUUUUAUCCGGGGAUCUGAGAUGGGUCCAUAACUGGUUAGUGCUGGAUCUUUAGGAGAAGUCUUGGGGGGUGGACAGCAAUCCUAAAGACCACUGGAGAGUUACUUCUUCACCACCACUAGUUUCAAAAAUAAAUCAUGACUGAAUCUGCCUCUAGUGCAAGUGGUCAAGAGUUUGAUGUAUUCAGUGUUAUGGACUGGAAAGACGGAGUAGGCACAUUACCAGGAAGUGACUUGAAGUUUCGGGUGAACGAGUUUGGAGCCCUGGAAGUUAUCACAGAUGAGAGUGAGAUGGAAAACGUGAAGAAAGCAACAGCUACCACAACUUGGAUGGUACCAACUGCUCAAGAAGCCCCGACCUCUCCCCCGAGCACCAGGCCCGUAUUUCCACCUGCCUACUGGACAUCUCCACCUGGAUGUCCCACAGUCUUUUCAGAGAAGACUGGGAUGCCUUUCAGGUUGAAGGAUCCAGUGAAAGUAGAAGGGCUUCAAUUCUGUGAGAACUGUUGUCAGUAUGGCAAUGUAGAUGAGUGUCUUUCUGGAGGAAACUUUUGCAGCCAGAAUUGUGCCCGGCAUAUCAAAGACAAAGAUCAGAAGGAAGAAAGGGACAUAGGAGAAGACAAUGAGGAAGAAGAUCCUAAGUGUAGUCGGAAGAAGAAACCGAAAUUAUCUCUGAAGGCCGACUCCAAGGAGGAUGGAGAAGAGAGAGAUGACGAGAUGGAGAACAAGCAAGAUGGAAGAAUCCUGAGGGGUUCACAGAGAGCCCGAAGGAAAAGACGGGGUGAUUCGGCUGUCCUGAAGCAGGGUUUGCCUCCUAAAGGAAAGAAAGCCUGGUGCUGGGCAUCCUACCUGGAGGAGGAAAAAGCUGUGGCAGUGCCUGCGAAGCUCUUCAAGGAGUAUCAAUCCUUUCCAUAUAACAAAAAUGGGUUUAAAGUUGGCAUGAAAUUAGAAGGCGUGGACCCUGAACAUCAGUCUGUGUACUGUGUCCUCACUGUGGCUGAGGUUUGUGGAUACCGGAUAAAAUUGCACUUUGACGGCUACUCUGAUUGCUAUGACUUCUGGGUAAAUGCAGAUGCUCUGGAUAUUCACCCAGUGGGGUGGUGUGAGAAGACUGGCCAUAAACUCCAUCCUCCCAAAGGUUAUAAAGAAGAAGAAUUUAAUUGGCAGACCUAUCUUAAGACAUGCAGAGCUCAAGCUGCUCCCAAGUCAUUGUUUGAAAACCAGAAUAUAACAGUGAUCCCAUCAGGCUUUCGAGUUGGAAUGAAGCUCGAAGCUGUAGACAAAAAGAAUCCUGCAUUCAUCUGUGUUGCUACGGUAACAGAUAUGGUGGACAAUCGUUUCCUGGUACAUUUUGACAACUGGGACGAGAGCUAUGACUAUUGGUGUGAAGCAUCAAGUCCACACAUUCAUCCAGUUGGUUGGUGUAAAGAACAUAGAAGAACACUUAUUACUCCACCAGGUUAUCCAAAUGUGAAACAUUUUUCUUGGGAUAAAUACUUAGAAGAAACCAAUUCUUUACCUGCUCCUGCAAGAGCUUUCAAAGUGAAACCUCCACAUGGAUUUCAGAAGAAAAUGAAGCUUGAAGUCAUAGACAAAAGAAAUCCCGUGUUUAUUAGAGUAGCAACAGUUGCGGACACGGAUGAUCACCGAAUAAAAGUUCACUUUGAUGGCUGGAACAGCUGCUAUGAUUACUGGGUAGAUGCAGAUUCUCCAGACAUUCACCCUGUGGGCUGGUGUUCAAAAACCGGGCAUCCUCUUCAACCUCCUUUGAACCCUUUAGAAUUAAUGGAAGCUUCUGAACAUGGUGGAUGCUCAACCCCAGGAUGUAAAGGGAUUGGCCAUUUUAAGAGAGUGAGACACCUGGGCCCUCACAGUGCUGCCAACUGUCCCUAUUCAGAAAUCAAUUUGAAUAAAGACCGAAUUUUCCCAGACCGCUUAAGUGGUGAGAUGCCUCCAGCUAGUCCAUCAUUUCCAAGAAAUAAAAGGACAGACACAAAUGAAAUCUCUUCAUCUCCUGAAAUCAGAGACCAACAUGCUGAUGAUGUCAAGGAAGACUUUGAAGAGAGGACAGACAGUGAAAUGAGGACAUCGCAGGAAGCCAGAGGUGCCCGGGAAGAACCUAGCGUACAGCAGGCUCAGCGUCGAUCAGCUGUCUUUCUGUCCUUCAAGUCCCCGAUCCCGUGUCUGCCCUUGCGCUGGGAGCAGCAGAGCAAACUUCUUCCCACCGUAGCCGGAAUCCCUGCCAGUAAAGUCUCCAAGUGGAGCACGGAUGAGGUUUCAGAAUUCAUACAGAGCUUACCUGGGUGUGAAGAACAUGGAAAAGUGUUCAAAGAUGAACAAAUUGAUGGAGAAGCCUUUCUGCUUAUGACCCAAACAGACAUUGUUAAAAUUAUGAGCAUUAAGUUGGGCCCUGCUCUCAAAAUCUUCAAUUCCAUCCUGAUGUUCAAAGCUGCAGAAAAGAACUCUCACAAUGAACUUUGAAGAUGGGGAAUUUGGAAUACCAUCAGCUUUCUGCUUUAAAAGCUCAUGUUUUAUUCAAAGCACAAGGACAGUUAUAACUCCUACGCGAGAAGUCUCCAAAACUC